GGGGUAAUGAUGAAGUGAGCGCGUCAUGACGGGAGCGGCGCCUUCUCUCGCGUCGUUGUCUUCCUCCUUCCGCGGCUGCGUUCCAUCCUUCCGCGGAACUUUCCAGCCUUCCGGAAUGAGUUCGCAUCGACGUGCGAUAUCGAUACUGCACUCGUUUAACUGGAUAGUCGCCCGGCGCUCUUCGACCGGUCCUUCUACUCCUACUCUACGGAGAUAAACCUGUCCAAUAGUCUCCUCAAGAUUGCUACGCGUGCCAGCACAGCACUUCCAACUGAGCGAAGAGAAGCGAAAUUUCUUAGACGCACACACAAGAGGCAUAAGCUAGCCUCCUGAAUACAAACCGAGAAGUCUCGCACACCGGCCUCACGCCCAUCGUCCACAUGUCCGCCUCAAAGCUAGAUCUCAACAACCUCACUGAGGACCAAAAACUCAAAGCCCUCGCCGAAUUCCGCACCCUCCUCGGCGCCGAAGAAGGGUCCAAAUACGAUGACCCAACCCUUCUCCGCUUCCUCGUCGCGCGGCAACUGAAUGCCCCAAAGGCGCUGGAGAUGUUGAAUGGCUAUGUGGAAUGGCGGGAGAAGGAUGGGAUUGACAAGCUUCCGAUACCGGGGGUGGAUGGGAACCCCGUGCAGCAGAAUGUAAGGGGCUUCAAGAGUGUGCCGGAUGCGAAUUGGGAUAUGACGAGGGAGGGGAUGCCGGAGGAGUUUAAGAAGUUUUAUGCUUGCAUGGGUGGAGGGUGUUUCCAUAAAGUCGACAAAGAAGGCACACCUGUCUUCAUCGAGCGCACCGGCUACCACGACGUGAAAGCCCUAGCAGUGAAAUGCCCGCCGCCCGUGAUGCUCGACUGGCACAUCCGUAACAACGAGAUGAUUUUCAACGUGCUGAUGCCGGAGUGCUCUGAGCGCGCAGGCAAACUCAUCGAGAAGCAUACGGUCAUCUUUGAUUGCACGGGAUUGGGAAUAUGGCAGUUUGAUAUGACGGGGCUGAAUCUGUUGAGGGCUGUGUCGGAUUUGGACUCGAAGGUUUAUCCCGAGCGGUUGGGGAAGCUGUUUAUUGUGAACACACCUGGCAUCUUCACACGCGCAUGGAGCAUCAUCAAACGCUGGUUGGACAAACGCAUCCUCGAAAAGAUCUUCAUCUGCGAUUCAAACUACAAAGAGGUCCUCCUCCAACACAUCGACGCCGAAAACCUGCCCGACUUCUUGGGAGGCACCUGUAAAUGCAGCCACAUGCCCGGCGGCUGCGUCCCAUCACCCUACCUCGAAAGCAAAAAAGCCUCGGGCGGAGGCGACAACUUCCAACACAGCGCAUCGCUGGGCUCCUCCACGCACGAGCACGAGCUCCUGGUUCCCGCUGAGGACCUCGAAGGCGCGCAAGUGAGCCUGAACUACAAGUUCAAGACGACGAAGAAGGGGGUGACGUUUGAGAUCAGGCAUCGGAAGGAGAGCGGGGAGGAAAUCGUGGCGGUGCCGUCAAACUCUUACGAGAGUCAUAAGGAGACCGUGUCAGCGUCUGUGCCGGCCCUGCCUGGGAAGUACAUUCUGUCGUGGCAGAAGCCGUCAGGGGGGUUCUCGCUGUUCAACUCGCUGCAGUUGGACUAUUCGUGUGAUUUGGAGUUGCAGGAUGGGGAGGAGGUGGUUAGCGAGAAGGUUACGAUCUCGUCGGUGGAUCCGUCGCAAACGACGACAUCGUAGUGUACAGUGGACGUUGCGGACGCCGAAGCAUUUGAGUAUUGUCCCGUCUUAACAUUGUCAAAUGAACAUUACA